UAAACUGGACUUUGCUGGCCUGGAAAAGUUAAGUGAUUUACUUAGGAAACCACGGAGUUGGCUCUGGAGCCCCGGUUUCCUGACUCCCUGCUCCUUCCUGUGACAGAAGGAACAUAAACUGCCUCACGUCGUUUAGGGUGGCCGGCUCUUAGGCUACAGGAGUGCUCUGCAAGAUCUGAUUUUUUGAGCUACAGGAUGCUUCGAUGCCCAUAUUUUUCUAGAAUCCGUAAAGAAUUGCUUUCAUGCUCGUUGGAAUCAGGCGUAUUUAAUUUAGGUGUCUGGCCAAAAAAAAUACAUGCUACAGCAGAAAGAUAUGGCCAUUCUGAAGCCCAGGAGCAAACAAAUCAAACUGGAGCUGAGGAGUUACAGAGAUCUCAAGACAGCAGUUCAGAAGCCAUGACUAAAUUACAUAUUCCGGUAAUGGUGGAGGAAGUGGUUCGCUGUUUGGCACCACAAAAAGGACAGAUUUUUCUAGAUAUGACAUUUGGUUCAGGAGGACACACAAGAGCCAUUCUACAGAAGGAGUCGGAUAUUACUCUGUAUGCCUUAGACAGAGACCCGACAGCUUAUGCACUAGCUGAACAGCUUUCUGAAUUAUAUCCUAAACAGAUUCGAGCCAUGCUGGGCCAGUUCAGCCAGGCGGAAGCCUUAUUAAUGAAAGCUGGAGUGCAGCCAGAGACUUUGGAUGGAGUUCUUUUGGAUCUUGGGUGUUCUUCCAUGCAACUUGAUGCUCCUGAAAGAGGUUUUUCCCUUCGGAAGGACGGUCCCUUGGACAUGAGAAUGGAUGGCGGCAGGUACCCUGACAUGCCCACCGCAGCUGAUGUUGUGAACGCUUUAGAUCAACAGGCACUUGCAUCCAUCCUGAGAACAUACGGGGAGGAGAAGCAUGCCAAGAAAAUCGCUUCAGCAAUCGUUCAGGCACGCAGCAUCUACCCCAUCACCAGAACCCAGCAGCUUGCCAGCAUCGUCGCAGGUGCAUUUCCUCCCUCUGCUAUUUAUGCACGAAAAGACUUGCUACAACGAUCCACCCAUAUUGCUACCAAGACUUUCCAAGCUUUUCGAAUAUUUGUGAAUGAUGAGCUCAAUGAACUUUACACAGGAUUGAAGACAGCUCAGAAGUUUCUGAGACCUGGUGGUCGUCUUGUUGCCCUCUCAUUCCAUUCACUAGAGGAUCGCAUCGUCAAACGAUUCUUGCUUGGGAUAAGCAUGGCAGAAAGGUUUAACCUAAGUGCUAGACAGAAGGUGAUACAAUCUUCACAAUUGGGUUCAGGUCAUAAAAACAAGGAGGGAGGCUCUAUGGGAAGGGCCCCUUUAAUGUGGGAACUGAUUCACAAGAAGGUGCUUACUCCAGAAGAUCAGGAUGUAGAGGAUAACCCCAGAGGGCGCUCGGCCAAGCUUAGAGCGGCUAUCAAAUUAUGAGAAAGAAAGUUAUCAUCAUCUGAUCCUUCAAGUUUUCCCUCACAGUUUCUCUUAAUAUUUUUCAUGUGAUACUCCUGCACAGCUUAAUAUAAGAAAGUACGUGAUAUAGAGAUCUGUACUAUAUAUGUGUGGAAGUUGAGAGUAUUUAGCCUUUUUCUUUUGUCAAAAAGAAAAUGUCGGAAAUAUUAGCAUGACACAGAAAGUUCAACUCAAGGAGCAGCAGCAUCUUAAAACUGGAAAAAUGUGUUUGUUUUAGCAUUCUAUUUGACUUUUGAAAUGCAGUGCUUUCUCUAACAAGAAAUUUUUUUAAAAAAAAAAAAGAAUACUAUGUGUAUUUAUCUAAAUGUUAACUCAAGUUGUCAAAAGAGAGAGAUUAUAAUUAUAGCUGCAUGCCCUAAAUUCUGAAUUUAGAUAUUCAGAUUUGCAACAGACUUUCUAUGGCUCAAAUAAUUAAUAAUGAUCGUGGAAUGAAUUUUAAUUUCCCUACUUAGGAAUAAUCACUAUAGCUUUCUCAAAUAUACAUAUUAUGCAAAUUUUAAAUUUUCAAGUAUCAUUUUUUAAAUGUAUCAUACCGAUAAAUUUCAUUGUUGAAAUUGUAGUGUUCAUUGUCUUAAAGGGAUUUUUCAGUGUGAUAUAUACUGUGUUUUCAUAGAUUGAAAAGUAAAAAUGUAGACUUGCUCUAAGAGCCCUCACAGAGAAUGUUUCACAAAACUUAUAUUUAAAGUCAAUUGUGUUUAUUUUAAUAGUAGCCCAGAAUGCCUUUGAUAAAUAAUAAAAUCUCUCAUCAUUUGACUGCUUCAUUUUUCACUUGAGCUAUUCAAAGUAAUUCAACCAAGUCUAUUUGAAAUAGAAAAGUCUGUGAUGUAUUCAAGUUAUUAAAAUCAAUGCACCCUUAAUGUUUUUACUUACAGAUAGUAGCUGUAAUUGUCAAAUGUUUAUUCAGGAAAAGUUCACUUAUUAGAGGAUUCUUUAACAAAUUGAUGAGAUUGAGUCAUAAUUCACAUAUCAACUUUUUAUACAUAAAUAUGCACUUUUAAUUUUUUCAGUUAUUCAGCAAGUACAGAACUACGCAGAGAAACAGUGGUGAGUAGAAUACACAUAGCCCACGGUACCUGUCCUGUGGAGUUUAUAGUCUAGGGGAAGAGAGCUAGAUUAAAUAAUCACAAAAAUCGAUAUAAAGUUGACACGUUACAGUAGUAAAUACUACAAAGAGGUGAUACAGGGUACGGCAAGAACACCUGACAGGGAUUUCAUCUACUGAAGGAAACCAGGUCUGACAAAGUGGUGCUCGUGUCAUGACCUGAAGGAUAAGUAAGAUAAUUAGUCAAAGGGUGCAUGGGCAUGUCAAUUAAAGGUGCAUGUAAAUGAUUGUUUUCUUAAGUAGUUAUCUUUGAAAUCAUAUUUAUUCUAUUAAUUUUCUCAGUAAACUAUUUAUUCAAAUACAGGAAAAAUUCAUCUUCUCAAUUGUGAUUGCAAAUUCUAAAUUGAAUACAAGUGAAUAAAAUAUCAACAGAACUAUAUGGGCAUAUGAUAAGAAUUAAAUACUUGAAUUUACCUCAGACUUACUUUAUCUACCUCUGUAAAAUUUAGCUUUAUUUCCCAAACUUGUUUAUUGCUUUUACUUUAGAGGCUAUAUUCAAAUCUGAACAAUUCUGCAGUGAAAUAAGAAAUAGAAAAUAUUCUAGGGAACUGUGUGCUCAAAUUAGAAACAAAUGAAUGCACCUAGCUUAAUCCCCUGAGUCCUUCCCGCAAAUGUUAUGUUUCUGUUUGUAUGUAAGUCAUAGUUAUAAAUGAGAAAGAUUCCCAAAAGAAAGUUCCCAACCAGGUAUCUGAUUAGAAAUUAAAAGAUCACACUCUUGCAUUCAACAAUAGUUCACCUUUUUCAUCAAUCAUUUUUGGAUCCUCUAUGUUACGGGAAUUUUUUCUUCAAUGUUAAAUGGAAACUGAACGGCAUUGUCUUGGAUAGUGUGCCCCCAAAAUUCAUGUCCUUCUCAGAACCUCAGAAUGUGAUGUUAUUUGGAAAUAUGGUCAUUGCAGGUCUAAGUAGUUAAGAUGAGGUCAUACUGGAGCAGGCCAGGCCCUUAAUCCUGUAUGUCUGGUCUCCUUAUAAGAAGAGGAGAAGAGAGACAGAGACACAGGGAAGAAUGCCACAUGAAGACGGAGGCAGAGAUUGGAGUCGUACAUCUACAAGCCAAGGGACAUCAAGGAUUGCUGGCGACCAUCAAAAGCGAGGUAAGAAGCGUGGAAUAGAUUGUCCCUCAGAGUCCUAAGUAGGAGCCAGCUCUGCCGACACCUUGAUUUUGGACGUCCAGCUUCCAGACAGUGCGAGAAUGAAUUCCUGUACUUUAAGCCACCCUGUUGGUGGUAAUUUGCUGUGGCAGCUCUAGGAAACUAAUACUCUGGCAGAAAAAAUCUUCAGUAAUAUGCCUGAAAAAAAUCAUUCUUCAAUUAACACAAAAUUGGUUUCAAAAUGUUGUAGUAUAAAAAUAUAUUAACUAUUUUCUGUAAUUAGGCUAUUUACCACGAUCUUGACUACUUCUAAGUCUUUGUUGUAGGAUGAAUAAUAAAAUAUAUAAAUGCGUUUUAAAUGGUUAACUCUGGAGAAUGGUUUUGGGAAAUUAAAAAAAUACAUAUAGAAGAUGAAAAUUGAUUACUAAAAUGAAUGUGCAUUGCUUUUCUAAUAAAACAUAAAGAAUCUAAAACAAGCAGUAGCUUACAUUUCUGAAUCUCUGUAUCAACUACCUUCUACUGAUCAUUUUAACAUAGCGUUGAUGCCAUUGUGUAGUACAUCAGUUCUUAGGUUUCAUUUCAUCACUUAUUAAAAAAUUUAAUAACUGCACACAAU